CGCUAGUGGUUUCGCUCGCCCCAACCAGAGCGGUUUCACUGCACCACCAAAAAGCGGUUUCAUCACUUUCCUUAUAUAGCUAGCUCGUGCUUCUGAUGCGCAUUCAGCGCUUUGUCUGUUAUAACCAACGCCUUCAUCACGAAGUGAUUUCGAUCCGAUUGUUAGGGUUUGGUAUGGGGAGAGGAAAGAUCGUGAUAAGGAGGAUCGACAAUUCGACGAGUAGGCAAGUGACGUUCUCGAAGCGAAGGAACGGUUUGCUGAAGAAGGCGAAGGAGCUUGCGAUCUUGUGUGAUGCUGAAGUAGGAGUUAUGAUCUUCUCCAGCACUGGCAAACUCUACGAUUUCGCUAGUUCCAGCAUGAAGUCAAUAAUUGACCGAUACAACAAAUCAAAAGAAGAACAUUGUCAACUCGGGAGUUCAGCCUCUGAAAUUAAGUUUUGGCAAAGGGAGGCAGCAAUGUUAAGGCAGCAAUUACACAAUUUGCAAGAAAGUCAUCGCAGGAAAAUGAUGGGGGAAGAACUGUCAAACCUGACAGUCAAAGAAUUACAAAAUUUGGAGAACCAAUUAGAAAUUAGCCUCCGUGGUGUCCGUAUGAAAAAGGAUCAACUUUUAAUGGAUGAAAUACAAGAACUUAAUCAAAAGGGAAGCCUCAUUCACCAAGAAAAUGUGGAACUGUAUAAGAAGGUAAACCUAAUUUGUCAAGAAAACAUGGAAUUGAAAAAGAAGGUCUAUGGAACAAAAGAUGAAAGUGAAACAAACAGAAAUUCUGUUCUCACAAAUGGUCUAAGCAUAGGAGAGGAUUUGCGAGUGCCUGUGAAUCUCCAGCUAAGUCAGCCACAACAACAACCCUACAAGGCACCUUCAGGAAGUACAAAAUUGGGCAGACUGCAAUUGCAAUGAUCCAUUCACAGGACAUGCAUGUUUCUUGAUUGCUAUCAAGAAAAAUGGACUCGGAUUUUAACUUCAAUGUCUUUAUAAUGUUGUAGCAUAUAGACCAGGGGCUAAUUAGCUUAAAGUGAUUUUAAUUUGAUAUUAUCAAAAACGAAAAAGCAGCCCUAGCAUGUAUUUCAGAAACAAUGAAGCAUCUUAUGAGAAGCUAAGACUCAAUCAAGGAAGAAAUUAUUCAAA